CGGCUGCUUGCGUUCUCCCCUACGCCAUCCCCAACCACCCUCCCCCCUCCGAACCUCCACCACACCACACCCACCACAACCACCCAUACCCACUUUGGCCCAUCUUCACCCCUAUCCCUAUCGCCACCUCCACCUCCAUCUCCAUCCCCUCGGCCCAUGACGCGUCCGGCAGGCGUCAGCGGCUGGCUCCGUGCUGCCUCGCAUCUCCUUCGUGAGCGACUGGGAGGGCUACGGGCGGCACGACGAGUGGCUGCUGACGGCCAGCAGAGCAGCGGUCUUCGCUCCGAUGGCGCUACUGUUGGAAGAGAGGCGGAUCCGGUAGCGGGAGGGGUCAGCUCGGCCGAACUGUGGGAGGCCGAGGAGCGCGGCAAGGGCCAAGUGUUCCGAUGCAUGGCGGCGGCGAGGAAGAAGGUCAUCCGAAUGACGUGGGCGAAUGGCGUGGAGAGCUCCAGCAGAAGCCCAGGCGGAAGAUCGGGCGGAGAUGCGGCACCAGCGCAGGCGUCGAUCCGUGUCCAGUCGACCGGCUACACGCCGUGGGAGCCACCGGCGGCUGCGACCGCAGCCGAUGGGUUUGUGAUCGACAAGUCGGCCCACGCAAAGGCGCUGCUGUCGAUGCGCGGGGCUGGCUAUGUCAUUCGCCCGCAGGGCUGGGGCAAGACGACGUUGGCACGCGCGGUGGCGGGAGUCGGCGGCAGCAGUGGGGCCGGCGACAGUGACGAGCCGCCUGGCGCCGUCCUGGUCUGGCGGCUAGGGGCAGACAUUCCGUGGCCGACCGAGAUGGCGGUGCUGAAGGACGCGCUGCGAGCGUCGCAUGCCACCGCCGUUGUCAUCGACGACGCCGACACGCGUGCGCUCACGCCCAAGCAGAUGUGCACGCUCUUUGAGACAAUGCGGUGCCUUGUCGCCGACGCACCGGCGCUCAAGCUGGUACUGGCCAUGGGCGCCGACCGGUCGGCACUGCAGCGGCUCGGGCUGACCGAGUGGAUGAGCGACUGGACCGAGGCGCCGCAGCUGGCAUCGGCGUUUGGGGUGACGUGGGACGAGUUGCGGGCGCACCCGAACGGGCUCGACACACUCGCACACGUCUCGCUCACCGACGCGCAGGCGCAGACGAUGGACCUGGAAGCAACGGUCGAGGCGCGGUACGGCGGAGUGCACUGGGGCGCCGGCGCGCCGGUGCUCAACCCGUACGAUCUGAGCCGUGCGCUGUCGCGGUCGGCGCUGCUCCCGUUCUGGGCCGAGGACGUCGGCGAGCCGCUCCUCGACGCGCUCUUUGCCAAACAUCAUCCGGCCGAGUAUGUGCUCAACGGGGCGUGGUUCAGCGAGGCCGGGGCGGCCAACGCGGCCGUGACCGCGGCGCUUGUCGACGGUCGGUUCCUCCAGCCGCGACGCGGACUUGCUGCGGUGGCGCCGCCCAACGCCUUUGCUCGCAAGUCGCUCACCGCAUACCUCGCCGGCGUCGGCCUCCGCAUGGAGCGAUCGCUGAUGUGGCGGAUGCGCGAGGCUCUAGCUGCCGGUGACUUUACCGCCUUUGUCUCGCACAUGUACGCUCUGCCGGCGCUUGUUGUCCCGCUGCAGGGCGCGCGUGUCGAGCUGAGCCACUGCUUUGCACUCCUCCGGUUUGUGCUCACCGCUGCGGCGCCGCCGUCGGUCACGGUCCGGUGCGUCCGCCCCGCAUCGGCGGAGCUCCUCCUCGAGCUCACGGGCGACGACGAGGCCGGCGUGCCAUCGGCCCGCGCUGUGCUCCAGGUCCGGAUGGCCGACACGGAUCCGUGCGGUGUUUGA